GAUGCAGACACAGAGUUAAACUCUCCGUACCUGAACUUUAUCUCGCUCAACAUAGGAUCGCCGUCCGUCAUCCAACUGCCAUCCGAACAACUUUAGGCCAGCAUCAUUGAUGUCACCCGGCAGGCCGUCCCGUCUGGACUAUAUCACGUGGACGCACGCGCAGCGGGUGCAUGCUGGCCCGUCCGUAAUAUGGCUUCCCGUCUCAGUGGUGUUUCGGGUCCGCGGCUGGUAUUGUUACAUUUGUAGCUUUAUGUGGGUUUGCGCGCCAGUUGGACGGCUAUGGCUUUGGUGUUUCAGGUGUUGCUCUCCCAAUUUCCCUAUUCACAGUCAGCGAGCCACUCAUACCGCUCAUCUGUUGCAGCCGCGGGGAGAGGGGGAGGGGACCCAUCUGUUCGAGCAGGACGAAUCGAGGAAAAAAAGGCUGCUGAAGUCCAAGGGGGCGGACGUUGUUGGAGCGUUAUGCAUCGUUUUUCUUUUCACUCAUUCCUCCCUCCCUCCCCCAUUCGAGACAUUUCCUUCUGCCCGUUCCAUCUCUAGAGGUUGAGCGCUGCGUCGCGAAUUCGACUCACUCCCUACACGACUGCACGACGCUCGCUGUACACGAACCGACGAGGUUGAGCCUCGGUCACCGAAAAGCGGUUGUUUUCUAAUUCGUCAAUUCCGAUGAGCCGGUGAGACGGAGAAGCGUCCUCCCCACAGCAUUUCGGAGACUCGAACGACGGAGGGCAAUUAUCAUUCACAGUUACGGGAAUAUUGCUCUGAGUCCCCGGUACCCGACGAAUCCAUCGGAUCAACCAGUCAAUUGGGAACUUGGAGGAGAAAUCAACACAGGGAAAAGGAGCAGUGAAGGAGGUGACACAGGGAAGGAAAAAAAAAAGAAAAAGAAAAGAAAGCAAAACGAUGCGGAUAUCGACAUUGAUCACCGCCCUCUCGACGGUGGCCAUCGCCUCCGCUGGCGUGAUGGCGCUUGACAUUGGCGACGAGAUGCGUAUGGGCUGGAAGAUGGGCCUGUUGCCGCGCCAGGGCUCGCAGAACCUGCAGACUUUCGACGGCGACCUGGGGGGAGUCAAGGCGUCUGCGAUCACCAAGUCGAAUGACCCUGAACGGCCGUUCGAGGUUGACGGUGACACCUUUCCCGACUUUGCAACGGCCGCGAACAGGUCGUGCGACAACCAGAAGAACAAGUGCUCACAGGCCGCGAACAACGGGGAGAAGAAGUUCGAGGUGUCUGAGUGCGACAAGCAGGCCGAGCAAUGCAGGACAUCGGUCGACUCGGCGGCGAAGCAGAGCUUCGGCGAGCCAGUGUUCGCGGGCACGGAUGGGAACUUUGACAUCUUUUGUGACCCGUGAGUGGGCGGAAGCCUCGAUUCGUCAAGAUGGAGCAAUGAAACUGGGGGUUAACGAAUGCUGACGACAUUGUACGUGUAUGUAUACCUUGCGAGCGUGUGUUCAGGGGAAAGAGCGUCUUCGUGACGGAAUGGACCAAAAGAGCUCCGCGUCUCGGCUGGGAGGAAGCGGGCCGGGUGGGAAUCUUUCUUUUCUUUCUUCUUUUCCUUUCAAACUGUACAUGUUCAAAUCUGGUUCUGGCGUUCUCCAAAGGGCUCUCGAAAGCAGAGAGCGGGUUUGAUAUCUCCGGCCGUCUCGCCGGGUCCUCAGUAGACGAGCAAGGGGCCAUCUUCAAUGAAUAAU